CAAGCCACGGUGGCAGAACGCGAGUCGGGGGCGGAUGGAACGCAGCUGAGUCCGGUGUUCGGUCGGUGGAACGUUGGCAGCGCCAGGGUUCUCAGCAGCGCAGCAUCUGCCAUGGUGGCGCUACACGGUUCCGCGGCCCCGCGGCUGCUCCUCAUCCCCAGCCAAGCAGCCGAGCCCCUGAGCGCCGCGGCCGGCCGGCCCCUCUCCAUGGUGCUGCCGGCGGGGGGCCCGCGCUCCCCCAGCCCGGAGCCCCAGCAGCCCGCCCGCAAGCGGCAGCGGCUCACCCACCUGAGCCCGGAGGAGAAGGCCCUGCGCAGGAAGCUGAAGAACCGCGUGGCGGCGCAGAGCGCCCGGGACAGGAAGAAGGCGCGGAUGAGCGAGCUGGAGCAGCAGGUGUUGGAGCUGGAGCAGGAGAACCAGAAUCUCCUGUUAGAAAACCACCUCCUGCGGGAGAAGACACGCGGCCUCGCAGUACAGAACCAGGAGCUGCGCUGUCGGCUGGGGCUAGAUGCGCUGGAGACGGAGGAGGAGAGGGAGCCUAAGGUGGUGAUGGAGUCACAGGUGGAUGAAAUCAGGAUGGUGACCGGGUCCGCUGAGUCCGCAGCACUCAGACUACGUGUUCCUCUGCAGCAGGUGCAGGCCCAGCAGUCACCCCUCCUGGCAAUCUCCACAUGGAUUCUGGUGGCAUUGACUCUUCAGACUCUGAGUCUGAUCUGCUAUUGGGCAUUCUGGACAGCCUGGACCCAGACAUGUUCCUCCAGUAUGGUAAUUCAGAGUCAUCGUGCUUGGAAGAGCUUGAGGAAGAAAUCUGUGGAAAAGAAUCAGAUUCCUUACCAGCCUCCCCCACUCCCUCUGUGGGGUCCUCAUCAGCCAAGUUGGAGGCCAUUAAUGAACUGAUCCGGUUUGACCAUGUGUACACCAAGCCCCUAAUCUUUGAGAUCCCUGCUAAAAUGGGCAGCCAAGCUGAUAUGCUAAUGAAAAUAGAGGAAGCAUC